GUCGCUGUUUGCGAAUGAAGCAUGGCCUUUAUAAUCCCAACAGUUUUUGUGUUGUGCUCAUGCUUUAUCUACAGUGAGACACAGAUGAAAAAGGAGGCAUAUAUGAGUGUGCCUCAGUUAAUAACAUCUGCUGGUUAUCCUAAUGAGAAGCACAGAGCUAAGACCUCUGAUGGCUACAUCCUGCAGAUGCAUAGGAUCCCAGCCGGGAGACGUGCCACAAGACGAUCUGACGCUCCGAAUGCAAAGGGCAAGAAGGCUAUUCUAAUAAUACACGGAUUAUUGGGCAGCAGUUUAGACUUUGUCAUAAUGGGACCAGAGAGAAGUCUCGCAUACAUCCUGGCGGACGCGGGCUACGACGUGUGGCUGGGGAAUCUACGCGGUAACAUGCACACAGCGCAUCAGACAUUGCACAGGAAUAAUACAGAAUUUUGGGCUUAUAGUUUCGAGGAACAUGGAAAGUUCGAUGCGCCAGCUAUGAUCGACAAAGUCCUGGAAGUAACAGGUCUGAAGAAGAUCCUGUACAUCGGUUACUCGAUGGGUACCACUACAUUCUUCACCAUGAUGUCCCAGAGACCGGAGUAUAAUGAAAAACUGGUUGCGUUUAUAGCAUUAGCGCCUGCGGUCUAUUUGGAUAAUGCUAAAUUUCUAUCCAACAUGCUGUUGAAAACGGUCAAUCUACCGGCUACGAUGCGUGCUAGAGGUGUUCUUUCGGCAACAGUCGAUGCAAACGCAUUGGACUUCUUUAUGAAUAGCUUCUGUAGAAUUAAAGAAUUAGAGAACGAUAUAUGCAUGAGGGUCAUAGCCGGAAUAGUUGGAGAAGAUUAUGAACAAAUUGAUGUGGAGCUCAUGCCAAUCUUUCUUAGGAGGUUCCAGCCAGCAUCAUGGAGACAAUUAGAACAUUUUGGAAAGAUUGCUAUAACAGGUGUGUUCACAUCAUGGGAGGACGGUUUAUGGGGAGCAGUUAAAUCUUACAACUUGUCAAAUGUCGCUACUCCUGUGUCUUUAUUUUAUGGAGAAAGUGAUCAGUUAACUGAAAAAUCACAAGUAAUGAGGCUCGCUGCUGAACUGAAAAACAUGGGAGUCCUAGAGUCCGUGGAACCAUCAGGAAAAUGGCCAUUCAAUCAUUUAGACUUUGUAGUAGCUAAGAAUGUUGGUAAUAUAUUAAAUAGGCCAUUAACUAAAUAUGUACAGAAGUUAUAUAAUAAAUAUGGAACUGAUUAG